CCUGUACUGUCUGCAGUCUCUGGUCAUUCCCUGUACUGUGUCCGCAGUCUCUGGUCAUCCCCUGUACUGUCUGCAGUCUCUGGUCAUUCCCUGUACUGUCCGCAGUCCCUGGUCAUCUCCUGUACUGUGUCCGCAGUCUCUGGUCAUCUCCUGUACUGUUUCAUCAGUCUCUGGUCAUCUCCUGUACUAUGUCCGCAGUCUCUUGGUCAUCCCCCUGUACUUUGUCCACAGUCUCUGGUCAUCUCCUGUACUAUGUCUGCAGUCUCUGGUCAUCUCCUGUACUGUGUCCUCAGUCUCUGGUCAUCCCCUGUACUAUGUCUGCAGUCCAUUGGUUUCAGAAUAUUUUUUUUUUCUUGUUUUUCACCUCUAAAACCUAGGUGCGUCUUAUGGUCA